UGCGAGCUGCGUGCUGUGCCUCUUAAACCGUAAAGCAUCCUCGCUAAACAUACACGAGGCUGCUUUACGACGCUUCCUAACGCCGCACCAAAACGGUUCACCAAUUACACCACUAGGGGGCGCCGCCUGUGUGGUGGGCGGCGCGGGGCCUGCCGCCUGCCGCCUCCUCCACACACUCCAUCAAAACAAGUCCCAUUUGUCGAAAAGAUGGCAGGGCGUGAUAGGGAGCCUGUGUAAAGUUUUUAAUUGUGUUACUGAUGGCACGAUACCCGGCCACCAGCGAUAGGCAUCAACCCAGACGCCUGCUUCUUGGUUGCCAGCUAGCCGCUGCUGCCGGCGCUACCACCACCACCACCACCUUCAGGCUGCCUCAGUGCCGCUCCUUCGCUGCCUCCUUGCGCCGCCGCUUAUCUCGCAGUUUUCGAGCAGCUCCCGCGGCGCAACACUCUCCCUCUGACUCGGAGAGGAUGACUGGGACAGCAACGAGGAAGCUUCGCCCAACGACUUGAUGACGUCCCCGCACUCUGACCAAUCCGCCACAGGGGAAGGUGUCACGUCAUCGCCUGUGUCCAACCAAUCGGAGAGCGGCGCUAUAGCGGAGGCAGGAGGCGGCGAGUCUACGGCCGGAGCGACAAGCCCAGUUGAUAAAGAUCUGAAGGAAGCCAUCGACACGACCGUCAAAAGCCUCUCGGACAGGCUGAGUGUGUCGGCGGUAGACAAGGAGGGACGCGGCUCCCCCUCCCGUUCUCCUUCCCCUCGCGGGUCUUCGCCGCCUUCCCCUUCGCAGCCCACAACAGGGACUGCCGCGGCUUCAGCCUCCACCGCCAGCACCAUCAAGGCGGUGAAAAGUGAGCAGCCCGGCACCUCCUCCAGUCCCAAGCUUGGCAACGACAUCGUGAUGAAGGAGGAAGUGAGCGAGCCCUCCCCUCUCGCACGUCCUGCGGCUCCCAGCACCCCGCGAGCCCAUGUGUCGCCAGGCCUCACGCCGGAGAUCGAGGCGGCCCGGCAGCAGCUCACCUCCAUGAUCCAGGGUCUGCCACUGUUGUCCAUGCUUCCAGCGCUGCACCGCCUCGCCCCGGCUGCAGUGGUGAGUCUAGCAUCAAGCCUUGGCAGCAUCACCACCAACAACAGCACCAGCAGUUCAGCACUCACUGACACCACCACUGGAGGAGCUGGCGGGGGCAGCAGCAGCAGCAAUAGCAGCAGCAGCAGCAACGGCCGCACCACCUGUGUGUGUGGCAUUCGCUUCAGCAGCCCCAGCAACUUGGAGGCACACCGCAUGUUCUACUGCACCCACCGGCAGAACAUCCACUCAGACAAUGAGUCAACAAGCAGCAAGGAACUGCCGCCCUCCACAGCCAGUAUGAGUCCUCGAGGUGACGGAGGAGCCACUACUGACGAGGAGGAGGGAGGACGUGUGCUGCGCUGCCCUCACUGCCCCUACACCACUGCACAUAAACUGAGCCUCAAUGGCCACAUGAACAUCCACACUAACCCUGAAGACCUGGCCAAGACAGGGAAUGCCACCCACACCCCUGCAGCCGCCCCUCAGGUCACCCUCAGCGAGACUAGAGCCACUGAUAGGUACUGCUCCGACUGUGACAUACAGUUUUCUUCAGUCAAAACGUUCCGUGUCCACAAGGCUCACUACUGCCAGACCCGCCACGUCCUGAAGGGAGGAGGCAAGAGUCCUGCUCGGGAAGAGUCUGGGUCAGGUGCCGCAGCAAGCAGCCUGUCAGCCAUGGUGAAUGCAGCGGCAGGAAGCAAUCAGCCGAUCCUGGCACUGCCCACAAACCCCAUCCUGCUGGUGCCAUACUCACUGGUGGCUGAGGCACGGCUGCUGCCUCCCCAUGUGUUGCCACAAGCCGGAGCAGCGGUGGUUCUUCCCAACGGCCAGGUGCAGCCACUGUCGCCUGGUCCACUUCCUGGACCUGCUCCUCCUCCCCUCCUCUCCCCAACAGCAGCAGCCACUCAUGUCCCAUCCUCUGCACCCCCUCCCACUCACCCUCCCCAGGCAUCCCCACAGUCCAGUCCCAUUUCACCACCAAAACAUUCUCCCAAGGAUGAUUCCAGACUGAAGCCCGUGAGUGGUGAGGUGUGUGGAAAGAGACGGGGAGAAGGAGAGUGUCCACUUGACCUCACUACCAAGAGGCCAAAACUCACCAUCAAAACAGACUUACUAAGUGAUGAGGAGAAAGAGAACCGGGAAGUCAACACUCCCACUCAGUCUCGCUCUCCAGUCCCUAAGUCCCGUCCUGGCUCCUCCCAAGGACCAACUGGAGAGUUUGAGGGGAAACUCUUAGCCUCACCACCUCGGCCCUCACCUUCCAGUGAGACUGAGGGGCAAUCCAUACCCCGUUCCCCUCGUCCAGCCUCAGCAGCCCCUACUCUAGGCUCUCCACGAGGCCUCCCAGAGUCUCCAAGGCCCUCCACCUCCACUCGCUCCCCUAACCAACCAACUCAGGUUCCCCCAGUUCUGCCUCAGUUGCCUCCUGGCUUCCCUAACCUCCUGGCAAGUCUUGAGAACUUGGGUGGGCUUUCACUGGCCAGUCUCCAGGGCCUGCAUGGUGUGCCACCAGAACUGGCCCUCAAGCUCCUCAACUCUGAUUUGCUCAUGAAUGGCUUGGCACCACUGGUAAAUCCCCCAGUAAUAGUCAAGCAAGGUGAAGCAAAAUGCAAUGAGUGUAACAUUGUGUUUUAUAAAGAGGAAAACCUGCAAGUUCACAAGAAACACUAUUGUGCUGCUCGCACCGUCAAUCAAGGGGAGGACAACCACAGAUCGAGCAGUAACAGGAGCCCAGCUGCAGCCACAACAGGAGCUGCAGAAGGUGGAGCAGGGCCAUCCAGACGAUCCCCAAGUGCUUUGCCUGAAGUUACAUCACCACCAACAACUAAAUCUUCUUCUGUGAAAGAUGCUCCCAAGGGAACCAAACCUCUGCUCCAGUUCAUCUGUACAGCAUGUGGCAUUAAGUUCACUUCUCCUGACAACCUCAAAGCCCAUCAAACCUAUUACUGUCCAAAGCGUGAGGGUGCAUCAGGGGAGGAGGGUGUCACCAAAGGUCUAUGGAGGUGUCCUCGGUGCCGCUGUGCAAUGCCAGAGACACUGCAGGCAGCACAUCAGUGUGUGACACCUUCCCCUGCACCAUCUCAUGGAUGGAAAUGCCCAUGCUGCCCUGCAAUCUCCCCCACUGCAGCUGCUGCCCAGAAGCAUCUAGAAACCCAUGCUGGCAUCAAGGGUUUUCGCUGUACAAUCUGUGGUUACCGUGGCAAUACACUGAGGGGCAUGCGCACUCACAUCAGGAUGCAUUUUGAGAAGAGAACCAAUGAACUUCAGGAGGAAAAUUUCAUUUCGUGUAUCCUGGAAGAUGAUGACGGCAGUCGGAGGGUAGCCGAGAUGAGAACAAUAGCUGACCUACCUCGGGUUAUUCUUGAAAACCCUACCCUCUCUGCCCUUCUAGCAGAGGGAGCAGCUGAGUGUGCAGAUCAGCCUCUCUCAUGUCACUUCUGCCCAUUUGUGACACCUUACCGUGCCAGCCUGGCCAAACACUUGACUGUAGUGCACAAAGUUGGAAUUGAUGCCAAGCUGCAAGCUCUUCUGGAGGGCCAGGCCAUGGCUUCAGCAGCAGAACCUCCUGCUACACCUGAGACUGAAAGACACGAUCCUGUUGAGAAUGGGAACCCAGUGAGCUCACCCCCACUUCCUGCUAUCAAGCUGGAGCCGGAGGUUAAACUUGAGGUAGAGGAAGUGAACGACAAAUCCCGAACAUUCUCUUCAAUGCCACACUCCCCAAGUGAAGAAACCUCUAAAGCAGAGGCCACAAGCAAUGGUGGCACAACAAGCACCAACGGGCCAGACAUCCAGAGGUACUGCAAGGCUUGUAAUAUAACGUUCUCAUUCACUGAUUCCUUCUUGGCACACAAGAGGUUUUACUGCACCAAGCCAGAAUCCACCACUCCACCCGAGACAGCAGUCCAGUGACCUCUGGAGUGCUAGCUAAAGACGUGGCAUUUGCAAUGCUUAUUUCUGCAUGGUGGAGUCAAUGUCUUGCUUCCUAAUGCAUUAACUUAUUGGAAAUUUGCUAAGCUUUAGUUGUAUAUAGUGCUGGGUGGGAUAGUGGGUGACCUAAUGCCAUAUCAGCUGUACAUACUCACCCACUCCCGACAGCAGCCCCCACUAACCUCUAGCUGGUAGGACCCAGAUGCAAGAUAUACGACAUAAAGAGAGAAAUUUUGAAGAACUAUUUAUAUAUAUAUGCUUUAUAGUCACUGUUUAACUGAGCAACUAGAUUAUUACUGACUUGUAUUAUUCUUCUCACAUCUCAAGAUCAGUCUGGCAAAGAUACAUAUCUACCACCCUGUGUUUUGUUUGUUUGUUUUGUUGUAAUUGCUGUAAAAUGAAAUGUGGGACAAGACAAUGACACAGUCUCCAAUGAAAGUAUCUGCAGCAACAAGAAAAACAGUUGACCUCACAAGUGAAUUUGAUGAGAGUUAGCAGACAAGUGAGGCUCCGGCACUGGUCUGUGUGAGUGACUGUUAUGGAAGAAACUGAAGUGAAAGUUCAGAAUGGAAUACUCUAGAGUCUCAUAAGUGCAAAUACAGAACACAGUAGAUUCAAGCUGGAGAUGAGGGUGGUGUCUAGUCGUGCGUGUUGUGCCGUCAGUGAGUAAAAAAAACUAAAUCCCUGGCUCCUUCCAAAUAACAUAUUAGGUGUUCACAGGAAAAUAGUUGAGUGUAAAGUAUCUAAAACUAAUGAAAGAAUUUUCUUCUAUAUUUGUUUUGUUUUACAGGAUUUUAUGUUCAUAUAAGAUUUUUUUUCUUUUUUAAAGAAAGCUGUAAGCGUUCUCAGUCAGAAUCCUUUCCUCUCUUUUUCUCUAUUUCUCCAGCUGUCCUCAUGAAAAUGUAUCCCAUUUUAGCCAUCUCUUUUCCUGCCUUCUUUUUCAAUACCCAGUGAAACCAAGUGUCCAAAAACAACCCCAUUUUUUGACUCAGUACAGAACAACAUGUGAUAGCUCAUGUACAUGUUAACAUUACUGCUGUAUGAAUGUUCUGUGUGUGUGUGUGUCUGUCUGCAUGUGUGUGUGGUUAAGUUUGCUCCUUGGAUAUUUUGUAUUCUUCUGUAUUAAGUUUAUCAAAUGGCAGGGAUAUUUACAUGAUGGAAGAGCUGUAUAGAAGGUUUUUGUUCAGUUAUUACUUCACAAGAUGAAUUUUAGUAUGUGAGAUUCUCUUCAUCCUUUUCUUUGAUAUUCUCUCUCUCUCUCUCUCUCUCUCUCUCUCUCUCUCUCUCUCUCUCUCUCUCUCUCUCUCUCUCUCUCUCUCUCUCUCUCUCUCUCUCUCUCUCUCAUGUACUUGCUCCAUUCUUUAAAACAUUGCAAUUAAAUAACACUUAUCUGUAUUGUUUUUAUAAAAGACAAAGUUUAUAUUUGAUUCAAUGCCAAAAUGUUGAAGUGAAGUAUCAGUAUCACCUUAUUUGUGUGUUUUUUUUUUUUUUUUUAGUCCUAAUAUAAAACUGAUGCCCCAUUUGGCUUGACUUGAUAUUUUACAUUUGGCUCCAUCUCAGUCUUAAGCAUUUAGUAUUGCAUUGUUUAUAUUGCUAUCUUAUCCUUUUCUUCAGAUAGUAUUUCACUGUUUUAGCCAGCAAGUAUCUCUCUCUCUCUCUCUCUCUCUCUCUCUGAACCCUUAUCUAGAUUAUACGGAAUUGCUAUCUCUAUCAUUGCCGUGUAUGUGGUGUACUCUUUGUCUCCAGAAAGGGUCACUCAUUAUAAUGUCUCUCAUUAAACCCAAUGCUUAAAUUGGUUCUGUUGUCAUACAUAUGAUAAGCUCCUCCGCGCCUUGUUACAGUUGAAUAUCCCUUAAAACUACGUAUCUUGUUACAUCUCCCCGCGUGUUUUAUAUUUUAUUGCGUCUGAAUGAUCCUCCUUUUACCCUUGCCCUGUGCCCUCCACCCCCCACCUCACACCCACACCCUGUACCUCCAGCCCAGUGUGUUCCAUAGCCUUUUCUCACUGUACCAUAUCUCAUCCCUCUUACCAAUCCAUGUACUGCAUUCUGCCCCUCUGUGUACUAUGGUUCUCUUUAGUAAAACUGAUGUCUGUUU